AUGGACCGGUUUGGUGUUUGCGCUCUCCUUGGUCGUGUUGAGUUCUCGCCUCGUAUCCAAGUCUGCUCUCAGCAUGGGAGACUGAGGGACUGGGCUCUGGUGGAACUAGAACAGGAUGGCUUUACCACCAAGCUCAGUGAACUGCGAAACAAAAUCCCAGUCACCCUAGCGCUGCGAUUGAUGGUCCAUCGUGUCCCUGGGUCCGCAAUCGAUCGUGUCCAGCGACUACAUUUUGGAACUUCUCUUGAGGUCGCGGUCGGACCACGUGUCAUCCCCAGAAGUGAGCAAGAUGACCGUGGCCUUGUGGUCAUGAAGCACGGCAAGACGAGUGGCUUCACUAUGGGGCGUGCCAAUGGUAUUCAGUCUCUCAUUCGUGUCAAGGAUGUCACUUCGAGUGAAUGGUGCAUAAUUGGAAUGGACGGCCAGAAGCCAUUUUCUGCCGAGGGAGAUGCAGGUGCUUGUGUCUUUGACCUGCAAGGUCGAAUCGGCGGAAUGAUAACUUCAGGAUUGGAGGCCAAUAAAGAUCCAUUUAGAAGCCAUGAUGUCACUUACGCCACACCUGUGGAGUGGCUUUUGGAGGACAUUGCCCGACAUGGCUAUGAUCUAAAGUUACCUAACUAG